GACAGAGAGGGGGAGAUAGGAUAGAAACAGGGUUUUCCUUCUCUGUUUGGCUUGGCGCUCACACAAGAUGAGGGAUUGAGGUGGAGGGAUUGAGAAGAUUCCUCUCUGUAUCCAUACUAUCCGGGUACCAGCUUUGUGACUGUUUAUUUCCUACUCAUGUCGAACAUGAUUUGUCUGUAUAGCAGAGAGAUUCAGAGCCAGAGACGUUCAGUGUUCAGCACGGAGGCUUAGCUCAGCCUCCCAGGCUCGUGGUACUACUGACAUGCCCAGUGCCUGACACACUUGAAAGACACAGGGACUGAGGGUGAGAGGCGUGAUGGUGGCCGGGCGCUGUGACUCGGUCAUGCAUCUUCAGAUCUCUGCCUCCGAUUGGAUCCUAUUGUCUUUUUCUUCCUGGUUGACAUCACGUCGGAUCACUGUCCUGUCUGUCUCUCUCGCUUUGACCACAACCCUUCUCUGAUUGAAUAGAGGCUCCUGUCAGAACACAUGGCUGAAGAGGAUAAACCAUGGUCUGUACGGCUGUGAGGAUCAUUUUCUUCUCUUUUUUUCAACAUGGGAAUAUUCAAACACUUCAAAUUUUCUUGACACUUGAUCGACAGUUGCAGUGAGAUAGACUAUAUUGUGACUUGGAGCGGAUUUUGUUUUUUCUGAUUUGCGUUUUACAUCAAAUAUGGGACAUGGAGUUGAACACCAUUCGAGAUGGGGGAGCGGCAACACAACGCAAAUAAGGUCAAGUGAAUAAUUGAAUCCACCUAUAUUUAUACUGCUGCUGUUUUUACCAUAGCAUGUUUUUGGUUAACACAACUGCACGAAUUUCAGAUAUUUGUGGGCAAAAAAUGUUGUAUUUUUCUACAUUCCAUGACAAUGGAUGGAAGAUUAAGUGAAACACUGACAUUGGAUGACUGGAAUCCUAAAUCUAAAAGCAGAGAAGAGGGAAAGUGAAUAAAUACAUCUGAAAGUGGGUAGCAGUUCUGUUCUAAUCCCCCUGAGGAGAUACUUCUCUCUCUUUCUCUCUCUCUCUCUCUCUCUCUCUCUCUCUCUCUCUCUCUCUGAGUUUGCUCCCAGCUGCUGUCAUUUUCCUUUGAGGAUCAGAAUUUCAAAGCUUGUCAGUCAUCGACCCAUGUCAGUGUCAGCUCUUUCUGAAUUUCUCUGUCUAUGGUGUGUCUACCAAAGCCUGAUCACAUGAGCCGAGCCGACACGCUGCACCAGCGCACCACCUACCUCAUCUCCCUCACCCUGGUCAAGGUAGAGGCUGUGGAAGAACAUGGAGGGGAGCAGGCCAGGUCAAUCACCCAGGGGAGGGAGGCUGGGGAUGGGGCUGGGGUGGAGACGGGACAGCCCUUCUCCCCAGAGGACAACCAGGCAGAUGUUGCUGCCCUGGAGGGUGGAAAAGUUAGUGAACUCAAGGAGGAGGAGAGAAAAUCACCCAGUAUCCCCUCGAGAGACGAGGAACCUUUUGUGGGCGAUGUUCCUCCUAAAAACAGUGACGAGUUACCAGACGGAGACAAUGGUGUUAUCUCCUCCGUGGUUGACAAUGUCAAGACUGAAACAUUAACGAGUGGAGAGGAUGCAGCAGGGGAGAAAGAGGACAACCGGACGACAACAGUCACCUCAAAAGUGAUAACGUGCAGCACAGCUCCACCGCAGACCUCAACAUCUGUGGCGGUAGCAGUCGACCCCAACCGCACCCCGACCGGGAGCAGUAUCCCUGUACGCACGGGAGGUCAGCAUCCAGGGUCCGUGCUCAAAGCCCACAGCCCAUUGGCCAGCCCUGUGACCAGCCGCCGGGAGGCCAAGCGAAGCCCCUCGGCGUCCCAGAGCCUGGGUAGCAGAGACGGCAGAAUCCCAACCCGGUCCCCUGGUCUCUGUCGGGCCUCCUGGGCUGAGAGUGGUGAGGGUCGGGCCAGAUUUCAGGGUCAGGGAUGUAGGGUUGAACCUGGAGAUGGAGCGGGGAAUCAAGAACAAGUGACUGAUGAAGCUGGGGACAAAGCUGGCACACAGGAGGGAAGAGGAGGAGCGGUUACAAAACGAGACAAUCCCAGGAUGGAGAGGCUGAAGAACAGUUCCGCUUCUCUACCUGCUCCGGUCACCCUAGUCCCCAAGCCCCCACGCAGGGGCUACAGCUGUACCUUGGAUGACACUGACCCUAACAGCCAGGCAGAGGACUUCUGUGUGGGCAGAGAGAACAGCCAGAUACAGCCUGGUCCCCACAACCAGCAGGGACAAAAGGGCUCUGCUCGAGAUCGUAAGAUGCUCAAGUUCAUCAGUGGGAUCUUCACCAAAAGCAGCAGCCCUGUUUCUGUCUCAGCCACCACUUCCUCUAACACAGCAACGCUUCCCCCUGUCUGCAAUAUACAGAGAGAGUCCAGUGAGGAGGACGCUAGUUGUGCAAAUAGUCAAGAGUGGACCCUGAGUCGAUCCAUCCCAGAGCUCCGUGUGGGGCUGCUGGGAAGUCUUCAGAGUGGCAGGUCAGCAUUGGUAAAUAGAUACAUAACAGGGAGCUAUCUUCCUCUAGAGAAGAUUGAUGGGGGGAGGUAUAAGAAGGAGGUGUUGGUAGAUGGACAGAACCAUCUACUACUAAUCAGGGAGGAGGCUGCGCUUCCUGAUGCACAGUUCAGCAGCUGGGUGGAUGCAGUGGUCCUUGUAUUCAGUCUGGAGAAUGAGGCCAGCUUCCAGGAGGUGUACAAACUUUACAGCCAGCUCAACACACUCCGCAGCACUGCCGAAAUCCCACUGGUUGUGGUUGGGACACAAGACAAAAUCAGCAGUACCAACCCCCGCGUGAUUGAGGACAUACGUGCCCGGCAGCUAUGUGUUGAUGUGAGGCACUGUGUGUUCUAUGAGACUUGUGCCACCUAUGGGCUCAACGUGGACCGGGUUUUUCAGGAGGCUGCCCAGAAGAUAGUCACACAGAAAAAGCAGUCUGCCCUACUGGCCUCCUGUAAGUCUCUUCCCAACUCCCCCAGUCACUCUGGGGGCUCCACACCUGGGUCAACAUCCUUCCCUGGACAGGCUAGUAAUGGAGGACUGAGUAGUAACUACCCCUCCUCCCUACCCUCUACCCCUGUGAUCAGCCAUAGAGAGCUGCGGGGUGGCGGGGACGGGGUUGGGGCGGGAGGAGAGGGGGGUGGCAGUGUCACCUCCUCGGGGUCCCUGAGAAACGUCCCUCAACGACGGACCUCCCUGUUCAAGAACCGUCGAGGCAGUGGCAGUGAAAAGAAUGUUGACUCUAAAGGUGACUUGGGCAGUGGCCGGGCUAUCACCAUCAAACAGAGUAUCCUAUGGAAGCGGAGUGGGAGCUCGCUGAACAAAGAGUGGAAGAAGAAAUAUGUCACUCUGUCCAGCAACGGCACACUGGGCUAUCACUCGAGCGUCAAUCGGUUUCAGGACUACAUGCAGAAUGCUCACGCUAAAGAGAUCGACCUAUUGCGUGUCACAGUGAAGGUUCCAGGGAAACGCCCACCCAGGGCUGUCCCCCCUUGUGGCCCCUCCCCCUCAUCUGGCCUCAACGACGUAGUCAAAGACACUGGGGCCACGGAGAGCACAGGCCUUGUGCCCGUAGAGGAACAGGCUGGGGCAUUGCCUCCUCCAGCAGACAGUGGGGUAAAAUGCUGUCCAUCGUCACUGUCCAGCAAGUCACACAGUGCUGAAGCUAUUGAAGGAGUGACCAGUCUCCCUUUUGGAAAAGACGGUCAAUCCUCUCCAAUGAUUGACAGAAAGAAGAAAACAAGGAAGAAGAGUAUGAACCAGAAAGGAGACACAGCCAUUGGACAGGCUGAAGCCAAGCGCAAAAUGUGGAAAUUAAAAAGCUUUGGUAGCUUGAGAAAUAUUAACAAGACAGAUGAGGAGAAUGUUGACUUCAUCAUCGUGUCCAGCACGGGGCAGACAUGGCACUUUGAGGCCCAGACUCUAGAGGAAAGAGAUGCCUGGGUGGCGGCCAUAGAGAGCCAGAUCCUCGCCAGCCUGCAGUCCUGUGAGAGCCUUAGGAACAAGGCACGGAGGAGCAGCCAGAGUGAGGCAGUAGCAAUACAGGCCAUCCGCAAUGCCAAGGGCAACAGCCUCUGUGUGGACUGCGAAGCACCAAACCCCACAUGGGCCAGUCUCAACCUGGGUGCGUUGAUCUGCAUUGAGUGUUCAGGGAUCCACCGUAACCUGGGGACACACCUAUCGAGGGUCCGCUCUCUGGAUUUGGAUGACUGGCCUCGGGAGCUCACCCAGGUCCUGACCGCCAUCGGCAACCACCUGGCCAAUAGCAUCUGGGAGAGCCACACCCAGGGCAGACACAAACCCACCCCGAACGCCACACGGGAGGAGAGAGAAUCAUGGAUCCGUGCCAAAUACGAGCAACGGGUGUUUGUGGCACCCCUGCCUGCUCCAAGCUCCACAGGCCCAGGGGACACUGCUAUGUCUGUGUGUCUGCUGUCAGCGGUGACAGAAAGGGACUUGCCCAGGUUCCUACUACUCCUGGCCCACAGCAACAAGGACCAGAUCAACACUGCCCUGUCCACCGGAGGAGCACCCUCCCAUACACAGCCUCACACUGCCCUGCACGCUGCCUGUCAGCUCGGGGAUGUGGUCAUGACACAGCUGCUGGUCUGGUAUGGAAGUGAUGUGAAGGCCAGGGAUCCCCAGGGCCAGACAGCCCUGACCAUGGCCAGAAAGACUGGGAGCAAAGAGUGCGCUGACAUCCUGCUGCAACAUGGCUGUCCUAACGAGGUCUCCCCCGUCUCCCCCACUGGACCCACGCUUGGUCUCUCCCGUAGAUCUAGCACUGCCAGCCUCAGCAGCCUGGGUCGUACCAAUUCCAGGAGAAGGGUUUCGUAGCUUUAAGAGGCCAUGGUAGCAAACAUACAAGGGCUGGUGGAAAAAAAGCAAAUAACUAUGGACGUAGUGUUUAGUGAUGAGCGAUUAGUGCUUUUUGAGGUCGUUUCGGUUUAAUUAUUUAAACACGGUUUGCGAUUUCGAUUAUUUAAUUGCUUUACAUUAAAUGCACUAUGCAUUAUGUGGGUCGAAAACUGUAACACAGAAUAAAACAAUUAAUAAAAGUCCCAUGAUGGUAGUGACUUCCCAUUACUGCUUACCACUUAUUAACCAUCAUUUAUUCACAUUACUUUACUUCAAUAAAAUAACAUUGGUUUUAUUUGAUUAAUAUUUUUUCAUUCCAAGUCAUCAUUUCAUCUCUAUAGAGCUGCUGCCAAUGCUGUCUGACAAAUUUACUAUUUUUUAGUUCUUUAAAGUAAAUAAGGCAUACUUUUAUGACUGCUGAAUACCAACAAUCCAUCUUAGAUCAUGUAAUUUCAGGUAGAUACCUCAUGAAGCAAUAGCUGUUCUCACCUCACGAUUGAGCAUUCUGCUCUCUUCCCUAGCAGGAGUAAAAGAAACAGUCCAGACAAGUAGAUGCGCAAUGGAUUGUGGUUAUUGUAGUUAAUUAUCAUGUUUUAUGGCUAAACUAUGUAGAAUAUUGGCCUGUUGGAAACUACAACUCCCUACAACAUAGCACAGUUCAGGCGGGAUCUGAUUUAGCUCCAGAGAAAUUGUACAAUGUGUGCAGUGGGGUCACAAAAAAAUAAAAACAAAAUUAAAUUCAAACAAUUUAACCAAUGUCGGUAAAUUAGUUGUUUAAAAAACUAAAAAUAACCGACAUUUCGGUUAAUCGGUCAGCACUAGUAGUGUUGAAAGUGAGGAAGGCAACAAUAAUAUAAAUAAAGUACUCCUCAUACAAAAGUAAAGCACAGAAAGACAACAUAUCAAACAUCUAAGGAGCAAUAUUCAUUCCAUUUAUUGAAGGCAAACGUAUUGCUGAAAUUGUGAAUGUUGUCUGUUUACAAUUAUUGAAACAAAUUAGAAAAUAGGUGGGUUAACUGUGAUAAACUAUUUAUAUCUAAUUAGAUUAUACAUUUUGCCUUUGUUUUAAAAUAUUGAGAAAUAAUGCUGAUGUAUAAUCCAUACAAUGUUUUUGUAAUAUAUAUUGUACGUAUGUAAACCUGUAGGAACACAUAGGAAUUGUUUGUAAGCAUGCAGGGUAAAAGUUACAAUUCAAAAAAUGGACCAUUUGUUUCUAUAUGAUCUUCAGAGUACUUUAAUCUGACUUUUAUUUUCUAUUUGUUACAAUGUAUCUAUUUGUCAUCCCUGUUUGUCUGUUUUCAUGAGCUGUGUAAGUAAACUGAAUUAAAUGACUUUGGUUCCUGUG